AUGGUGCCCGCAGCCGACGAAGGAUCUUCGAGCCGAAGACGCAACAAGCUACGGCAUAAUUCCACCGCCAGCAGCUCCACAAGCUCUGCUGGGGUGCCGCCGUUGUAUGAUGUGCCGCACUCACCACCCGCGCCAAGGCGGAGCACAAGCGAUAUACCGCCUGAUGUGGUAGUGCCCGCCGAACCUGUUUGCUCUUGCUCUCGCAAGCCUCGCUCCAAGCAUCGUAGAACACUGCUGUCAAGAUUCAUUGGGAGCAGAGACCCCGAACCAGGCAAGUCGAGCCCUGAAAUUGCACCGUUAUGGGGGUCUCGUCAUGUGGACCUGUUCUUUACCGAGUUCCCACGCGAGCGGAAGCUUUCGCGGCCUUCAGUAUCCAGUAAUUCGAGUAAUUUGAACUCGAGACGUAUGAAUUCAACUUCUGGAACUUCUCCAGGAACUUCUCUUUCCAAUCCAAGGUCUUCACGAUCCUCCAACAAUACAAUUGAGAAUCACAAGGAUGGUUUGCUAUCGUCAACAUACUCUGUGAGCUAUGAUCCACUCUCUAAACUUGCCACUCAGAAUCAAUUGCAUCACUCGCAAGACGCUAAACUAGCAGAAAUUCCUACGCGCCCAAGUGAUGAGACGUUGCGGCACCCUGAAAUGCCUCUCUCUGUCUCGUCGAUAAAGGGUCAGACACUAUUUUUGCGUAUUUAUCGUGCAGAUGGAUCUUUUGGUACUGUCGCAGGGCCUCUCGAAAUGAGCGUUAAUGAUCUACUUCACCUUGCUGCCAGAAAGUUUUUUAUUCCAGAUAUCGACCGGUUCCAUCUGGUGGCCUUACUCCCAGACAAAGUCGCUGUGCUUCCUCUCAAUGCUAGACCAUUUGAGUUUAUAAAAAACCAGCUCACUAGAGUGGGGUAUACGGAGCGUGAUCCUUGGCUUGAUAUUUGUCGAAAGAACCUUACAAGCUUGGGUAAGAUCAUCCUAACAGACCACCCUUUGAUCCCGCCUUCGGAGAGCGUUGUUAGCUCGCUUCACAAACGCCCUGAUCGUGUGGUCCUGAGGAAACAGGACCUGUUGACAAUGCCGUCGUAUGUUGCUGAAACGGCUGAUUGGGUUGAAGUCUUGGACAUUUCGCAAUCAAUGGGUCUUCACGUGACUGAAAAGUAUUGGUCCAGUUUACGAAGAAUCAAGGUAUUCAAAGCCGAACGCUGCAACUUCGGCAACCUUAUGAAUGUUUCAUUUUUGCCUUAUCUCACUACGUUGACCCAUCUAGAUCUUUCUCGCAAUGGACUCUCAACUCUUGAUGUGGACUUCAAGAAGCUACCACAUCUUCGAGCCCUCAACUUAAGAGGUAACAACCUCAAUGAGCUCCCUCCUUCUUUGGAAUCUGUGGAACUCCGCUUACUCUAUUUGGGCACAAAUUCUCUUACGAGUUUCCCUUUUCGUAUCACCACGUUGCUUGACCUUGAUCUCAGCUACAACAAACUGACAGAACUACCACUGCACCUUGAAUCUUUCCAUGCUCUCGAGAGACUGAGUCUUGCCAAUAAUAAAAUCGAAGGAAUACCAGAGAAUUUGGGUCCUCUUCCGAACUUGACUGAUCUUGAUCUUCGCUACAAUCAUGUGGGUGACAUUAGCGCUCUCUUCCAGCCCAAACUGCACACUCUCGACGUUUCUCAUAAUACUCGUAUUGAGAAUAAGCAUCGGAAUUCCAGUAUGGCUGCAGCCACGACACCAAUGGGUUCGCCUCUGCUUGGUGUAAAACCUCGUGCGCACAACAAACUUGCCCACCUGCGAAAGAUUGACUUGUCCUAUAGUCGCUCAAUCCGUUUAGUUCCCAAUGUUCAAAUGGAUAGUGUUUCGGUGAUCAACUUGGAGUGUUCGUUGCUUGUGUCUGUGCCCGAGGAACUGUUCACAUGUAUUCCGAACCUGGAAAUCGUCGAUCUCAGUAAAAACAAAUUGUCGCGGUUGCCUCAGUCCAUCAAAAGGCUCAAAAGACUCCGAAAACUUUAUCUAUCGAGCAACUCCUUGAAUAUUCUACCCAACGAUCUUUACUACUUGCCUCAGCUAGAGGUCUUGGACUUGCAUGCCAACAAUUUCAAAACGCUGCCCCAGGCUGCGCGUGAGCUUCGUCGCUUGCGUGUUCUUAAUCUAUCGUCUAACUUGCUCGAAUCGCUUCCCUCGUUCAGUUUACACGAUUUGGACUCUUCAUCUACCCCCAGCCGCGAGAUUCUUUCGCCUACAAGCCUUUUCCCUGUUUCUUCACAUCGGAGUUUCGACUCAAAAGGAAUGGAUGAAUCGCGAAGAGGUUCUGCUGUUAGCAACCUGUCUCUGGACCCAUCUUCCACUGAUAAACAUGGGUCCCCUUAUGCUGAAGACGAGAGCACUACCACGCUACUGCAGGCAUCAGACACCUUUGCAUCAUCAUUUGGAGAGCCACCUAGUCUCGAAGAGCUCUACUUGGCAGAUAACCGCUUAGGUGAUGAUUGUUUCGAAGAAUUGUCGUUCUGUACAGAGCUUCGAGUUUUGAAUCUGAGCUACAAUGAAAUCACAGAGAUCCCUAGCGGAACACUGGUGCACAUGCCUCAUCUGAAAGAACUCAGUCUUUCUGGUAACAGAGUUUCAACACUUUCUCAAGAGGACUUUUCGAAUGCCCGCAGUCUGAAGAGUUUGUAUAUCAAUUCCAACAAACUGCAUACCUUACCAGCGGAGCUGUCGAAGGUGACGGAACUCGAGACACUCGAUGUGGCUUGCAACAAUUUGCGAUACAACGUGUCUAACUGGACAUUUGAGUGGAAUUGGAGAUGGAACAAACGGCUUCGACUGCUCAACUUGUCAUCUAACCGUCGUCUCGAAAUUAUGCGCCCCCCCAAUCAACGAAGUAAUGAGGAAGACUACACAAGUUUCUGUGUGUUACCCAAUUUGCAGAUUCUUGGCUUGAUGGAUGUGACACUGACCACCUCUGCGCUUCCUGAUCAGUCAGAAAACUGCCGUGUGCGUACGUAUGGUAGUGACUUUUCUUUCGGUCGCUUUGGUGUUGCGGAUUAUCUCGCUGAUGGCGCAGCCCUCAGUAUCAACGACUUGAUGAUUGACUCAUUCAGGGGUAACAAGGACGAAAUGUUAGCUGGAAUGUUUGACGGCUUCCUUGCCGAAAACCGUGGUAACCGCAUCUCCAAAAUAACUCAGGAGCUCAUUGCACCCGUUGUGAAGCAGGAGCUUGAGCGCCGGGGAAAGGAAGACACUGUAUCUGACUGUUUGCGUAGGGCUUUCUUGACUGCUCAUCGUGAAAUUGGUAAUGCCUCGAUGGCUACCAAGGAAGAAGUGUCACAUAGCUUUGUUGGGCAGUACAGUGCGGCUGCCCAAAAUCUCACUGUUCAAGACCAGGAGAGCUGCACAGGUGCAACACUGGUUUAUAUCAAAGACCGAAGUGUCUAUAUUGCGUCAACUGGCGGUGCACGUGUUAUUAUAGCGAAAGCAAAUGGCCAGUUCGCUAUUCUUUCUGAGCCAGUCAAACUCCAAUCCGAUUUUAGCGUGGAUAUGAUGCGGACUGGUGGAGGCAUCAUGUGCCAGGAUCUGAUCAAUGGAAAAAUCCCCCACAAUCCUGUGAUUGGAGCGUAUUCGGAGGGUGUAUUGACGUCAGCAGCGCCAAAUAUUUAUGAGUAUACCCUGGAGGAUACCGCUGAUACUGUUAUCAUCGCUUCCAGCGAGCUCUGGGAUGUCAUGUCCUAUGAAACUGCUGCGGACCUGGCCAGGACAGAGGCUCGUGAUCCCAUGCUUGCUGCGCUAAAAUUGAGAGAUUUCGCUUUGGCCUACGGCCGAGAUAAAAUCAAGCAGCUGAUGGUUAUGGUCUACGGCCGUACAAGAGUUCAGACUGACGAUGUGAGAGAAAUGAAUAUUGCUAUGAUCGAUAAGCGUCGCCGUCUUGCUCUACCGGAAGACCCUAUACUUGCUCGAAUUGCAGAGACAACGCCUCCUCAGGGCGAAAUUACCAUGGUGUUUACAGAUAUUCGGCAUUCAACUGUUUUGUGGGAAAUGCUUCCUGAUGUAAUGGAGGCGGCCAACAAGAUUCACCAGAACAUGAUGCGGCGCUCUUUUAGGGCCAUGGGUGGUUACGAAGUCAAGAUGGAAGGUGAUGCGUUCAUUAUCUCGUUCCAUACUGCUGUCGACGCCUUGCUGUGGUGUUUAACUGCACAGCAGCAGCUUUUGGACGUUGACUGGCCAACUGAGCUCCUGGCACAUCCAGAAUGCGCACCUGUAUAUUCCCCUGAUGGCAGGUUACUGUACCGAGGCUUGAGCGUUCGCAUGGGCAUUCAUUGUGGUCGGGCCGUACACGAGCUGGACGCAGUAACGCGUCGUAUGGAUUACUUUGGACCUAUGGUGAACAAGACAGCGCGUAUUAGUGCAGCGGCAGCUGGGGGCCAAAUUGCAGUUUCUGCUGAUUUGCUGAAUAUGCUGAAAACUGAGUGUGAGAGCCCAGCCGACGACGAAGCGCGCCGUCAAUGCGCGACUUUGUCUGCUUGUGGAUAUAAUGUGCAAGAACUGGGUGAAAUUAAGCUGAAAGGAAUCGAAAUGCCCGAGUUAAUCUAUAUCAUCUAUCCUGGCACGCUCAAGUCACGCAGCGAAAGCGUGAUGCCCGAAGCCGAGCCACUGGUGGUGUCCAUGCCUCCCAGCAUACCCUCAUCGCCUCCCCCACCGAUGCCAUCCCAGCAGCGUGGCAGUAGCUUUGGUACAGCUGCGUCGCUGGCAUCUGUGCCGUCCAUACAGCCUGCUGGGGAAGCCGAACGUGCUCCGAGCGAUCUGGAUGCCGCCCAGUCGGUCACCAACCGUUUAGAGCGGAUCUGUGCAUUCAUUCGCACAGGCCAAAUGUCGGAACCUCUUUCUAAUGAGACUCAGCAAGCACUAGAACACUAUGUCACCCGCAUUGAAAACAGCGUAGACUCCCUGACCUUGCAGAUGUUGAUGCCGGAGUGGAACGGCCCCACAGUGGGCGGUCUUUUUGACGAAAAUUUUGACAGUGAUUAG